CAGGUCAUUGCAAGUGUGUUAAGGAACUUGUCCUGGCGAGCAGAUGUAAACAGCAAAAAGACUCUGAGAGAAGUUGGAAGCGUGAAAGCAUUGAUGGAAUGUGCUUUAGAAGUUAAGAAGGAAUCCACCCUAAAAAGUGUUCUGAGUGCCUUAUGGAAUUUGUCAGCACACUGUACUGGGAACAAAGCUGACAUAUGUGCUGUUGAUGGUGCUCUUGCAUUUCUAGUUGGCACACUGACAUACCGGAGCCAAACAAACACGUUAGCUAUCAUAGAAAGCGGAGGAGGAAUAUUAAGAAAUGUUUCUAGCUUAAUUGCUACUAAUGAGGACCAUAGGCAAAUCCUGCGAGAGAACAGCUGCUUACAAACAUUGUUACAACAUUUGAAGUCACACAGUUUGACAAUAGUCAGUAAUGCAUGUGGGACCCUGUGGAAUCUUUCUGCACGAAAUGCGAAGGAUCAGGAGGCACUGUGGGACAUGGGAGCCGUGAGCAUGCUGAAAAAUCUCAUUCACUCCAAGCACAAAAUGAUAGCCAUGGGUAGCGCUGCAGCUUUAAGAAACCUCAUGGCAAACAGGCCAGCAAAAUAUAAAGAUGCCAACAUUAUGUCUCCGGGAUCAAGCUUACCGUCUCUUCAUGUCAGAAAACAAAAGGCACUGGAAGCAGAAUUAGAUGCUCAGCAUUUAUCAGAGACUUUUGACAACAUUGAUAAUUUAAGCCCGAAAGCAUCUCACCGUAAUAAGCAGAGACAUAAGCAAAAUGUAUACAGUGAGUAUGUCUUGGACUCGAGUCGGCAUGAUGAUGGUGUAUGCAGAUCAGAGAGUUUUAAUGCUGGUAAUGUGACUGUACUUUCACCAUAUUUAAAUACUACAGUAUUGCCUGGCUCCUCCUCUUCCAGUAGAGGAAACAUAGAAAAUUCUCGAUCUGAGAAAGACAGAAGUCUUGACAGAGAACGAGCAGUAGGCUUAAAUACCUAUCAUCCAGCUCCUGAGAAUGCUGGGAGUUCCUCUAAGAGAAAGGGAAUGCAGAUUUCUACUGCUGCAGCUCAGAUCACCAAAGUUAUGGAAGAAGUAACAACAAGCAUGCAUAUUCCACAAGAAGACAAAAGUUCAGGUUCCACUUCUGAAAUGCACUGUUUGACAGAAGAUAGAAAUGCCCCAAGGAGAUCAGCUACGGCCCACAGUCACUCAAAUACAUACUUCCCUAUAUCUGAGAAUUCAAAUAGGACAUGUCCUGUGCCUUAUACUAAAAUGGAAUACAAGAGAGCUUCAAAUGAUAGUUUAAAUAGUGUCAGCAGUAGUGAUGGCUAUGGUAAAAGAGGCCAAAUGAAACCUUCUGUUGAAUCUUACUCUGAAGAUGAUGAAAGUAAAUUUUGUAGUUAUGGUAAAUAUCCAGCUGACCUGGCACAUAAGAUUCAUAGUGCAAAUCAUAUGGAUGACAACGAUGGAGAGCUAGAUACUCCUAUUAAUUAUAGUCUUAAAUACUCAGAUGAACAGUUGAAUUCUGGAAGGCAGAGUCCCUCUCAGAAUGAAAGAUGGGCAAGGCCUAAGCAUAUAGUAGAUGAUGAAAUGAAGCAAAAUGAACAAAGGCAGUCGAGGAGCCAAAAUGCAACCUACCCUGUGUACGCUGAAAGUGGAGAUGAUAAACACAUGAAGUAUCAGUCACCUUUUGCACAGCAAGAGUGCGUUUCUUCCUUUAGAUCAAGAGGAUCCAGCGGU